AUGUCUCCCAAUAUUUCCAAGACCGACACAGGCACGCCUGAUGUCCGUAAUGACAUGCUGGGAGGUCUGCGACUGCGCAAUGAAGAGACCAACGAGAUAAUCCUCAUACCAACCCCAACCAACGAUCCCAAUGAUCCGCUCAACUGGUCCAAGCCAUACCGUUUCUACAUCGCCGUCCUCGUCUCCUGCGCCAUUUUCUUCAGCAACUUCUUAGCAGCCGGCCCUUCCGUCGCCAUCGUCAGCAUCACCGAGUCCUACUUUGGUCCACCCGGUCCCGAUUUCAGCGCCAAAGUCUCCAAGAUUGCCUACUUCUUCACCACUACUGCUCUUCUCCAGGGCAUGGGAAAUCUGAUAUGGAUGCCCUUUGUUGCCAAGUACGGCCGUCGGCCUACAUAUGUCCUGUCCUUUAUAAUGUACACAGCUGUCGCUGCUUGGGCUGGUGGUGCGACUACUUACGGGAGUGCUUUGGCUGCGCGCAUCCUCAUGGGUUUUGCGUCAGGCGUCGCUGAAUGCUUGGCUCCGCUGACUAUCUCGGACCUGUUCUUCUUGCACGAGAGAGGUGCCGCUAUGGCGAUAUACACCACUGCGCUGUCCGCUGGUGUAGGUGUUGGAAUUAUUGUUGCUGGACUCAUCACCAUCAAUCUGAGCUGGCGGUAUAUUUACUGGGUAUCGGUCGCUUUGAUUGGAGUGUGUACCAUUCUGAUCAUCUUGACGUUCCCUGAGACCGUCUACAACCGCCAAGAAACUACAGAAGGAACACACACGCAUAUUGAUUCCAAUUGCAAGGACCAUGAUCAGGAUCUUGAAAAGGUACAGUUUGAAGAAGCUUCAACAUCCGGACAUGUAUCUUAUUCUCCACCCCCAAAGCGCACAUUCGUUCAAAAUCUGUCCCUGUACAGCGGCACACACACCAAGGAGUCCAUACUCAAGCUAUUGUUCCGGCCUGUCGUUCUCCUCACCCUUCCACUAGUGCUUUGGGCUACCCUCGUCAUGUCGGUGACCAUCGGCUUCCUCGUUGCCAUCAGCUCCAACUUUGCUGUAGCUUUUUCUGCCACGUAUGGCUUCAAGCCGUGGCAGGCUGGCUUAUGCUUCAUUUCGUGUCCCAUCGGCGCCGGUGCUGGGACAUUCUUUGGAGGUUACUUUAGUGACAAGGUGGCGGAUCGACUGACUCGGAAGAAUGGUGGCAUUCGAGAGCCGGAGAUGCGACUGCCUGCUAUUCUCAUCUCGCUUGUCAUCGCGCCGCUGUCUCUGGUCCUGUAUGGCGUAGGCAUCGAUCGUAGCUGGCACUGGAUUGUCCCCACCAUUGGUCUAGGUCUUUUGAACAUGGCAAUCGUUCAAGCUACCAACGUCAGCUUGGUCUACACAAUCGACAGCUACCGUCCCGUUGCAGGAGAGUUGGCAGUCACGCAACUAGCGUUCAAGUCUGCUUUCGGAUUUCUCCUCUCUUUCUACACUAAUCCUUGGAUUGAUAUCAGCGGAUAUGCUAAUGCAUUUGGUGCCAUGGCUGGAAUCUCGGGAGCGGUUAUUUUGUGCUGGGUACCUAUCUAUAUUUGGGGCCGAAGGAUCCGCCACGCUACGUGGAACUGGGGCUACAUUGAGAAGUUUGUUCACUGGAAUGUGGAUCGUGAAGUGGGCGAGUAG